AAUAUUAGCAGAAAAUGUACUUAAGCUACAUUUUUCAGUGGAUUUUGGCUCAUAAAUUUAACCUUGGCUUAUAAUUAAUACUCCCCCCCCAAGUAUCAUAUGCCUGAAAGGAGUCGAACAUAAAAUAAAACGCAACGUUUUAUUUUAUGUUUGUCAGUAUCAUAUGAGACAGUAGGUUAUCUUACACAAACUAUUAACUAUAUCUGAGAUAUCAAGGAAACAGCUUAUAUGUCACCUAAAGAACAUUUCUGUCCUUUUCAUGCAGUGAAGAAGGAUUUAGUUUCCACAGUCAGCUGAGCUAACAGACCUCCAGCCAACACGCUGCUGGAAAUGACAGAGGUGCACUUGCGUGUGGAGGGUGACGCAGCUCCUUAUUGCGGAGCUGCAAGCUUUCGCUUUCGUUUAUGCGGAAGUACCAGUGUUUAAAGUAGCGAGACAAGGGUAAGUCGUAUGCGCAGUAAAGUAAUAUUUUCAAGAUAUAUUUCUGUUCAGAUACACAUAACGUGUGAGAUAACUUUGUGGCUGUUACAGGUUUGAUUAAAAUGUAAGACAUAAGGAAACUUAAAGUGGAGUGUAACCCAGAGUGUAGCUCUGCAGGCUAGGUGGAGAGCGAUGUUAGCUAAUUUAUGGAAACGGUUUUAUAAAAAAUCGCCAAAUAGAGAAUUGCUGGUUGUUGGGGUGCAACACACUGUUAUUAUGUCGUCUGUGUUUGGUGUGUUUUGAAGGAAGAAGAUCAAAAUCUGAAACAUGGCCACUGGACAGUCCGUGGACGAGCCCGAGCCCAUGGAUGUCGACAGUUUUGACAGCGACAAACCUGAGGACAUGAGCCAAGUGAAUAAUUCUGCUGUGAGUAAAAGCCAGCAACCUUCAACACCUAGCCACCCACCUGCUGCAGUACCGGAUGAAGAUGAAGCUCACAUUGUUCUCUCAGUGAAGUGGAUCUCAGUGAAGUGGGUCUCAGUGGAGCCUGAUGAUGAACUACAAAAAGUUAAGAGGCUAGAGUCUCGUCUACAGAAAAUGCUUCAGUCUUGGAUCAACAAACGCAAAACUAUGAUGGAAUGCUCAGUGAAAAGGACCUUAGAUAAUGGGCAUGUUGUGAUAAGCAUUAAACCAGCUGCAGCCAUGAAUGAACUUAAAAAACUUAGUGAAGAAACACUAAGGAAGGAUGAAAAUUCAGUCUUGAUAACAUCCGUCAGUCAGCUAUAUCCACAGCUUGAUAGACAAGUACUAGAGGAUGCUUCAGUGAACCUGCCAGAGCCACAAACUCAGCAAGUUCAACUGGAGAAAAAGAGUAAAGCAGGUUCUACAGCUGGAGAAAAGAUGUGCGCUUCUUUCAUACAAGAGCCACAACAUGACCAAGUUCAGGCGGGGAAACAGAGUAGCGCAGUUUCUGCAGGUGAAGAGAUGUGCACUUGUUCUGUCCCAGUGGCUCCUUUCUGGUAUGUGAACCACAUGUACGAAAAGGAAAUCAAACAUAUAGAGAAAAAGAAUGGAGUUCAAAUAAAGGCAGACGUUAAGGUGACAUUUGAAGUAGAUAGAAAACAUGGGAACCCAGACAAUGCGCUCAAGGAGUUUGAAAACCUUUUCCAGAACAGCUUUGUUGAAUCCAAUGGCUCAGUUAUUCCUCUCAAGUUCAUAGAUCCAGAUCAGUGGAGUAACGCAUUGAAAACCAUCCAGGAAAAAGAAGACAAGCUUUUGGUUACUUUGACCUCUAAAACAAUGACUGUACGUGGGCCAGCACAUAGUCAAGAUGUUUUCAGUAAGUUGUUAAAUGCAGAUACAGAGCAGAAAAGAAACACAGAUGCUUCUCAUGAGUUUCGAAAGACAUCACUGAAGAUUGACAUGACCACCAAAGACGAUUUCCCACAUGCAGGACUGAUCAUCGAGAAGACCUUUUGGAUGACUAUCUAUGAUAAUAAGCAAGUAGCAAGGAUCAAAGAUAAGUUUAAUGUGGACCUGAAAGAAUAUGACAUUGGUCAUGGCAAAGUCAAUGUCAAAGCUUUCUACCAGAAAGAAGGAGGAAAUGCCUCCAUGGAGAGCCACGCUCUAAGAGCACUUCUCUGUCUAUACCAGAAGUUUGUUGCAUCCCCCAAGAGUUCAUUCCAGUUCCAUGGUGCUACUGGAUUCAGUGGCACACCCAUUUCUCAGUCAGAGGGUCCCCCCAAUGAGCGUAUGUUGAAUGGCCAAUCCGAAAACACGAAGCACAACACUGACCCACCAAUUGACAGUGGGACAACAGCAGGUGACCAAAAGGACGAAAGGUGUCCUAUAUGUUUGGAUAAAUUUGAAAAUAAGAAACAGCUCAAGUGCAAACAUGAAUUUUGUAAAGACUGCCUGAGACGAGCGCAGGAAGCGAAUGGGCCCAUCUGUCCUAUAUGCAGAGUCGUCUUUGGUAAGAUAGUCGGAGACCAACCAGAUGGAAGAAUGUCACACCAGAUACUCACAAUUCCCCUCCCUGGAUACUCAGACUGUGGCACCAUAAUGAUCAGCUAUGAGAUUCCAAGUGGAACACAGACGGAAAAACAUCCCAAUCCUGGACAGCGCUAUUUUGGGAUUAGAAGACAAGCGUAUCUUCCAGACAACAAAGAGGGCAAUGAAGUGCUGCGACUGCUGAAAAAAGCUUUUGGCCAGAAGCUCAUUUUUACUAUUGGUACAUCCAGAACAACUGGUAUGGACGGCCAGGUGACCUGGAACGACAUUCACCACAAAACAUCCACAUCUGGAGGACCAGAUUGCUUUGGGUAUCCUGACCCUGAGUACCUGAGCAGAGUCAAAGAGGAGUUAAAGGCCAAAGGCAUUGAGUGAAGUGUUUGAUACAAAGUACAGGUGGAUUAGAAAUCAAAGACGUUAAAAACAAGAUGACUCUUUAAACAGACACUGAAAUUCAAACACUCUGUUUUGCUCUCUUUUCUCUGUUAAUUCUUUAAAUGAUCAGUAGGGGUUAGAAUUUACUUUUUUCAUUAGCCACAUAUAUUAUCUUCAAAUAUUGGGUGAUUACACUUUUUUGUUUGUCAAAGUUUUCAUCAUGUAACAAUAUAAAAUGUAAAGUUGCGUAAACACAGACUUAUAUGAUCUCACGUCUACAGUGCUGAUGGUCUGACUUGCUGUUUGCCUAAUAAAUGAUUAAAUCCUC